GCAGAAGAAGAAAUGGAGCAAGAGAAGAGGAAGUUAAGAAGGGAAGAAGAGAUUCUAGAGACGGCCUUAGCAGCAGCCGGAGCUGCUCUCUUUGUCUCAGGCCUCAAAAAGUUCUUGCCUUGCGUUCUAAAGCAAUGGCCAUUAGCUUCGGUGGUCACUCCAUCUCUUCUCCUCUUCCUACUUCUGAACCUGAUCAUUGCUUCCAUAGUUGUUAUAUCCGUCCAACCUAAAUGCGGCAUUGAGAGCAAGUGCAAGUCUCCAACUGAUGCGCUCAAGAAGAAGAAUAAGAGCAGACAGAGAGGGAAGAGAUCGAGCUCUCCGGCUUCGACCAUAGAAAAGAAGCAGAGGGAGUUUGUUGCAGAGUUGGGAGGGGAUGAGGGAGAGGAGGAUGGGGAUGCAGAAGAACUGAAUGCAAGGGUGGAGGCUUUCAUAACGGCGUUCAAGCGGCAGCUCAGGAUUGACUCAUUCUCUUCUGGGGCUAUUCACAGAACCAGUUAUGCUGGAACUCCAUCUUGUUUGGUAGAUCAUGAGAGUUAUUUGGAGCAUAAGUGUAGUUGUAGGUAGUUCAUAAAGGGAUUUUUAUUUUGAAUGUUUGAGUGAAGGACAAAAUUCACUGACGAUUUAAUUGAGGUGGUUUGUGCUUGAAUAUUGGGAUUUAUUACUGCAUUCAAA